AUGCAUGCUGGUAACAUUUUCCCUAAUCCCUAUGCUAUCGAAGUUGUUCAGAUGAUGAAGAAGGACCUGAUCGAGGGCAUUUCCAACACAGAAGUGCUGGUGAACCUACUGAUUGACCGCGGCAUUCUUCCGGCAGAGAAAAAAGUCAUGGUGCUUCACUAUGGGACGAGAGAAGAGAGAAACUCACAGGUGCUGGACAUGCUGGUGUCCCAAGGUGAGCGAGCAUGUAGGUGCUUCUUCUACCCUUGUCUGAAGCAGGCUGAGCCCGACCUGUACCUCAACAUCAGGACUUACGUGGGCCAAAUUAAUGAGAACGUCAGGGAUGGCCGCAGGCAGCUGAUUGGAUACCUGCUUGAGCGGGACAAGGAAAAUCCCAUGGCAAAGACGAGAGAGGCGAGCCUUCAGAAAGGGGCACUGGCAGCACCAUCACUGCAAAAAGCGACGUUACAAAUGGAGAGGCAGAAAGCUGCUGAUGUGGUGCCAGAAGAAGCUGCCGUGAGACGGGAUAAAAAUGGCAACUUAUUUGAUGCAGCCGCAACAGGAGCGCUUUCCCUGCUGGAGGAGAACUUAAGGAACAAGGAUGUCAACAAUGUCAGGUCAUCGGAGGAGACAUUACUGCACGUAGCUGCCCGGCACGGCCAAGUCGCCAUCGUGAAGUUCCUCCUCGGCAAAGGGGCUAAAGUCAAUAUGAAGGACGGCCAGGGCAGGACGGCACUGCACAGGGCAGCCGAGGUGGGCCACACGCCAACAACGCGGGCACUUUUGAAGGCAGGAGCUGAUAUCUAUGCGCUAGAUGAGCACUCAGAGAUGCCUCUCAAGUUGGCGGUGAGGAACGGUCAUCUCAGCGCAGCAAGAGCUAUCGUGGAAGAGGAGGCAAAGAGCUUUAAAAACCGGAGGACUUUCCUGCAUAUGGCGGCCAUGCAGGAUGACUGCAGCUUGGUCCAGACUCUCUUGAAGAGCGGAUCUGUCGUGGACGCAAAGGACGACGAGAGGAAGACUGCACUUCUACACGCCGUUAACCGAGGCUUUGAGAAAACUGCCAGAGUUCUUCUCGAAGCAGGUGCCAAGGUGAACUGGAACAUCGUAGAGGCCGCAUUUAGUCUCGGCGGCCAGUCCAUGGUUAAUGUUCUUCUGAAGCACACCAAGCAAGUGUCUCCCAGCACUCUCAAGGCGGCUCUUUUCAAAGCUGUGCAAAGGAACCUCGAUGGUGUCGUAGAUGUUCUGGUAGACAGAGGAGCCGAUGUCAACGCUCUCAACAAGCUUCGGUACACACCUCUGCUUCUGGCUGCUGAGCUGGGCAAUGAGGAAGCCUCCAGAGCUCUGAUAUGCAAGAAGGCCAGUGUUGAGGAGAAGCUGCCCAACCGUAACUCUGCUCUGCACCUGGCUGUUCAGAGUGGCAGUCUGAACAUAACGAAACUCCUUCUAGAGAGGGGGCUGGAUGUCAACGUAGUUGGGGCUCAGGAACACACACCCUUGCAUCUGGCAGCCCGACACAACAGACAUUCGCUGGUAGGGGUGCUGCUGCACGCAGGGGCUCGUGUCAACGCUGCUGGAGCAAAGGGACUCACGGCCCUGCACAUGGCAUGCCAGGAGAGUCACCCUGAGUCUGUGUCCGAGCUGUUAAAGGGGAAGGUGGACAUUCAUGCCCAAGAUGGUCAAGCGAGGACGGCACUGCACUGGGCUGCGGCCCGGGCAGAUCCCUCGGUGAUACACAUGCUCCUGUCUGCAGGUGCCAACGUCAACACUGCAGAUAAGGAGAAGAGGAUGCCCUUACACUUAGCUACCAUGGAGGGCAGAGCUGAGGUGGUUUUGGCUCUGCUGGCCACCAAGGUUCACUUCAAGGCCAAGGACAUGAACGGGUGCACUCCUUUACACUACGCAGCGGCCGGAGGCUGGGUAGCUGUGGUGACCAUCCUCCUGUCCUCGGGGAAAAACAAGAACGUGAACGACAGGAAUGUGUGGCGGAAGACGCCUCUCCACCUGGCCUCAGAGCGCGGGCAGGCUGCGGCCAUCGACCUGCUCCUGUCCAGCGGGGCCAACAUUAACGCGUUGGAUGGCAACAAGGACACACCACUGCACAGCGCCAGCCGCUGCGGGCACCUUACUGCUGCGGAAAAGCUGGCCAGUUGGACACAGGGCAGCAGAGCGGAUCUGCGGGCAAAGAACAGGGUGCAUAAAACACCACUGCAAGUGGCCCAGUCGGAGAGCACGAGAAGCCACCAGCACAUAGCCUCCCUGCUGCAAAAGAAGAUGUUCCUAAUCUAGGACUAGGUUAUCUCCUGUUCCAACCUGCAUGAUCCAACUUAAGAUAGUAUGCUUUUAUAGGUCUAAAAAUAGUUUAUGAUAAGAUUUAGUUGGGAGUCACUGAUUGAAAUAUUAGACCAUCUAUGUACAUGACUUUAUAUAAAAGUGUGUGUCUCUGUAGAUGAGAAUUCUGUACCUGAGAUUGGAAGGUCAUUGGUUGAAAUCCUGUAGAUGGCAGACCGAUGUCACCAGUGGACCCUUAACUUCAAAUGCUCCAGGGACUUAGUGAUCCUGAUUUCCUAAUUGAUUAAAGUAUAGUAAAUAAAUGUAAAUAAAUAA